CUCGGUGACAUUGAGCGCACCAGCGCCCCCGCGGCCCUGCGAGGUUCUGUGCUGGUCGGCGGAGUAGGCGGCCAUGGGGAGCCUCCGCGGUCUGCGUCUGGCAGCGGGAAGUUGUUUUAGGUUAUGUGAAAGAGAUGCUUCCUCAUCUUUAAGGCUUACCAGAAACACUGAUACGAAGAGAAUAAAUGGAUUUUGCACCAAACCACAGGAAAGUCCCAGGGCUCCAUCCCACACUUACAGCCACAGAGUGCCUUUACACAAACCUACGGAUUGGGAGAAAAAAAUCCUGAUAUGGUCAGGUCGCUUCAAAAAGGAAGAUGAAAUCCCAGAGACUGUCUCGUUUGAGAUGCUUGAUGCUGCAAAGAACAAGAUCCGGGUAAAGAUCAGCUAUGUAAUGAUUGCCUUGACAGUGGCAGGAUGUGUCUUGAUGGUUAUCGAGGGCAAGAAGGCUGCCAAAAGAAACGAGACUUUGACAAGCUUGAACUUAGAAAAGAAAGCUCGUCUGAGAGAGGAAGCAGCUAUGAAGGACAAAGCAGAGUAGCAGAGGUAUCCAUGUUGGCUGGAUUUUGAAAAUCCUGGAAUAAUAUUGCAACAUCAGCCUGUAUUUAAAAGAAUGUGGAUCCAUUUCAUAAAAGUAUGAUGUGCACAAACUUUAUACCAUUUCCUUAUUUCUGCUGUAGAGGUACAAAUAAAUUUUCUUCUAAGAAUGA